GAGCCAUCAUUGUAGCCAGCACGCAAAAUUUCCGUCUCAUCUCGCAGGAGUUUUCUAAUCAAUUGAAGUGUGUGGUUCUGAAUAGUCAUGAGCUAAGGACCGUUUCAUCCGUUCUUUUGUACUAGGGAGGGAGUGUUGAAAUGUAACAUAUUUGUUGACGGGUUGUGAAAACUUUCCGUGGGAAUAGUUUGAUCUCCGGAUCUUCGGAUGGAUGUGUAUGAAAAGGGCAGCAUGUUCGCGAGUUGGCAGGGAAAAAACUAACAGGCAAAAGGCAGUGUUCUGGAAAAAAAUCAAAGGUGAAAAUGAAGCUCACGUAAUGCUUCGCGUGGAAUAAUACACCGUUUUUUGGUAUACAAAAAUGUGAGAAGAAAGGAAGCUGAACGAAUAAUCUCUUCUGGAAAAAAGUUAGUAUGUGUUCGUGUGAAUAUUCGUGGAAAAACAGAUGCAUUUCCGGAUCGUCAAUUGUUGGAAAAUAAACGUGGGCCAGUGAACGGUGUGGUAGUAAGCCAUCAAAUCCUUCCUUUAAUUAUUGAUAAGGAUGGUUUUCCUUGCUGCUGGCUGCCAAAGGGUGGUGUAGUGCAGAAGUUCCUCUCCCAUAGUGAUGAAACCUUCCAGAGCGAGGCCGAAUAUCAAUGAAGCAAGGAGCGGAGAGUGAUCCUUUCGACGAGUGAUAAAGAGAAAGAGAGAACUGUUUGAAAAAAAAAAAACGCGAGAUGUAUCCGUUCGUAGCAUUACUUACAAUCCUCAAUAGCAACGUACGUAAAUAAGUGUCGUUACGCUCGUAAAUGACUAACAUUGUUGUGGUGAAACGUGAAAAUCGUGAGAUCCCUGCCAAACGUUGAACAUCUGCUCGCGAAAGGGAAACAGGACAAUUCGAACGGAAAGGUUUUUUUUUGCUCCCUCGUCGCAUUCACCAAGUGAUUGAGUGAAUAACUGUCAAUGUAAAUGGGAAAGGAGCGGCGGAAGUGGCUGAAAAGUUGGCUAGCGUAAAGCGAAAACAGAAAAAUAAUCCCAUUUAAUGGAACAGUGAUCGCUCGUUUUCUCCGGAGAAGUUUAUCAACAUGCGGAAAAGUUAGGCGAAUCGGAAAAGCCGAGUGGAAGAGUCGUUAAAGCAGUGAAUUUUCCUAGAAAAGUGCAUUCCAGAAAUAAUCAGCUUUCAGGUGAUAGCAGUCUUUGGUGCAAAGAUUCCGACUAAGUUUGAGAGGAAUCCAUUGCUGUGGAUAUGUAAAUGCACAUAUAUACACACACACAUGUACAGCGCUAUAUAUACACCGGAAUUUAUGCUGCGGCUUGCAGGAAAUAAAGGAGACUGAAGGUGCUGAAACAUCUUUUUCCGCUGUUUGCCUUUGCAUUUAUAUCCACCUUGGCGGAGAGAUCCACCAUGGAAGAGGGCACGCUCUAAUGAAUGCAAAUUUUGCCACAUCACGACGUCCAAAAUUGACGACCGGAGCGUCCUGAGGGCAACCGAAGCCACCGCUGCUGCAGCUACUCUGAUGGCAAUGAAGGCAGGAUAACUCAACAAAACCGUAUACCACCAGCGGGAAGGCCGCAUCGCCGUGAGAACCUACCUUUUGGAACUGCUAUCGCAUAAUUAAAUCAAGGUACAGUACUUAGGUCAGGAGCACCCAUAUUUGCGUAAUCACGUACCUUUUGGAGGCCACAAAGGAAACGGGACAUUUAGGAGAAAGUAAAGGAAAUGAAAGCGAGAGGGGCAAGCGUAACGACGACAGCAACUAUCGCCGUGCACACGUUAGUGCUAUACUUGUUAGUGAACCGGGUUGGCGCCGGGUCUAGAUCAGGUGCUGGUCACCGGCUAGAUGUUUACAUUGCCGGCUUUUUCCCCUAUGGGGAAGGGGUCGAGAACAGUGAGACUGGCCGCGGAGUGAUGCCAAGUGUGAAACUCGCGUUGGAUCACGUGAAUGAACAUUCCUCCAUACUGCGAAACUAUCGGUUGCACAUGUGGUGGAAUGACACCGAAUGUAAUGCUGCCGUUGGGGUGAAAUCAUUUUUCGACAUGAUGCACUCGGGCCCUCACAAGUUGAUGCUGUUUGGCGCGGCAUGUACCCACGUGACGGAUCCAAUCGCGAAAGCCAGCAAACACUGGCACCUAACGCAGCUUUCCUACGCGGAUACGCAUCCGAUGUUCACGAAAGAUUCGUUUCCCAACUUCUUCCGAGUGGUUCCCUCGGAAAAUGCAUUCAAUGCACCACGGUUGGCGCUGCUGAAGGAAUUCAACUGGACCCGAAUCGGGACCAUCUAUCAAAACGAGCCAAGGUAUUCGUUGCCACACAACCACAUGGUUGCGGAUCUCGACGCUAUGGGUUUGGAUGUGGUGGAGACACAGAGUUUUGUCUAUGAUGUUGAAGAACCCUUGAGGAAGCUACGGGAGAAAGACGUCAGAAUCAUUUUGGCGAACUUCAACGAAUACUGGGCCCGAAGAUUGUUCUGUGAGGUGUUCAAACAGGAUAUGUACGGCCGUUCCUACCAGUGGUUGAUCAUGGGAACGUAUAGCCACGAGUGGUGGAACGAAAACGAUACCGACUGUUACGUGGACCAAGUGCGCAUGGCACUGGAAUCGACUAUCUCGGUUGACUUGCUGCCGUUGUCCACGAGCGGUGAUAUUACAAUAUCUGGAAUUACUGCCGACGAAUAUCUGAGUGAAUACGACAGUCGAAGGGGGAAUGAGUAUUCACGAUUCCAUGGCUAUACCUACGAUGGCAUCUGGGCUGUUGCAUCAGCAAUUCAGUAUGUUUCACAACGAAAGGAACACUCGUUGACGCAUUUCGAAUAUCGUGUCAAGGAGUGGGAAAAUAUAUUUCUCGAGGCUUUGAAAAACACCAGCUUCGAAGGCGUCACGGGACCGGUGCGAUUUUACAACAACGAACGGAAAGCAUGCUUCCUACUGAAGCAAUUUCAAAACGGUAAUGAGGUUAAAAUAGGCGAGUACAAUUCGUUAACCAAUCAUCUGGACUUAACACUCGGACAACCAAUGAAGUGGGAUGGUAGAUCCCCUCCCAAGGAUCGAACCUUGAGAAUCAUCGAACACAGCCAGGUGAACAUUACGAUCUAUGUUGUACUUGCGAGUUUAUCAUGUGUGGGAAUCGUCAUGGCAACCGUAUUUUUGAUUGUCAACAUCAAGUACAGGAAUCAAAGGUACAUAAAGAUGUCCAGUCCACAUCUCAACAACCUCAUAAUCAUUGGUUGUAUUCUCACCUAUAUGAGUGUCAUCUUCCUGGGAUUGGACAGUGGGCUGAGCAGCGUGGCAGCUUUUCCCUAUAUAUGCACGGCACGUGCUUGGUUGUUGAUGGCGGGCUUCAGUUUGGCGUUUGGAGCAAUGUUCUCGAAAACUUGGCGUGUCCACUCAAUUUUCACUGAUCUCAAGCUCAACAAGAAAGUAAUCAAGGACUAUCAGCUGUUCAUCGUGGUUGGAGUGCUUCUUGCGAUCGAUUUGGCGAUCAUGACGACGUGGCAGAUAGCAGAUCCAUUCUACCGCGAAACGAAGCACAUAGAACCCUCGGAUCAUCCUACAUUGGAGGAUGUUAUCAUUGUUCAAGAGAACGAAUACUGUCAAUCUAGUAGGAUGACCAUUUUCAUCGGUAUAAUAUACGCGUACAAAGGUCUGUUGCUUAUAUUUGGAGCUUUCCUGGCAUGGGAAACUAGGCAUGUGUCCAUCCCUGCCCUAAACGACUCCAAGCACGUGGGACUUUCGGUCUACAACUGCGUGAUUAUGUGCGUUAUGGGUGCUGCCAUUGCUUUAGUUCUUUCCGACCGCAAGGACGCCGUAUUCAUUCUGAUAUCACUCUUCAUUAUCUUCUGUACGACAGCUACCCUGUUCCUAGUGUUUGUUCCCAAGCUUGUUGAACUGAAGCGCAAUCCAUCGGGUGUGGUUGAUAAAAAGGUUCGCGCAACCUUACGGCCAAUGUCCAAGAACCGACGGGACUCGUCGGUGUGCGAGCUGGAACAACAGAUGCGAGACGUAAAGCAAACAAACUGUCGCUUCCGAAAGGUUCUGAUGGAGAAGGAAGCUGAACUGCAGGCGCUGAUAAAACGGCUUGGACCGGACGCGCGCGCCUGGAUCGGGCUAGAGACAUCGUGCUCCGAGCCAGAUGUAAACAAGGAAUCGGUUAAGAUACAAGUGAAGAAAGACUACGCGAGCGAAGGUACCGAAUUCACAUCGAUUGGAAGUUUGGUCUCAAGUAACGAUACAUUGGAGUCGAUGGGACCGGAAAGGAAAAAGAAAACAACAGUCAUUUUGCCGGGCGAACAACCCCCAGUCAAGGCUCCCGUAACAGUGACAAAUUCAGUUUCUAAAAGUAGCUUAGUCAAUACCUCAACUGUAAAUGCAGUAGUAAAAGCAAAUGUAACAACAGCACCUGCUACAACAAAUACCAUAACUAUAACUACGCAAACGAUUUGUCCCAGUACCACUCCACAGCCCGUACCGAACCCUGUAGUAACGACAAAUAACAUUAGCAACAGUACCAGCGUUCCUCAAGACCCGAACAAACCCAUGUUCAACGAUGUUCGGCGUGAAUCGACAACCGCUGCUAAGUGGUCCCCAGGGCAUGCAAAGGAUUGCUGCGAAGUCGAUCGUGUUUAUGAGACCGUUGCCAACAAACCAACUACGCAGGUCAAUUGCACAUCUGCCACAUCGUUAAAUCAUUCUAACAGUGAGCUUAACCAGGUUUGCCAUCAUAACAAAACGAGCAAUAAAAGUAGAGACUCUAUCAACGAGCCAGCAAGGAAAGCAAACGUACAAAUGACGUCAUCACUCAAAGGGAAUUUCGUUGUGUCACAAAGUGAUCUCUGGGAUACACACACGCUAUCUCACGCCAAACAGCACCAGCGACAAUCACCUAGAGGACAAUCCCGUUGUCCAGAUCACAGCCAUCCACCAGCUGCCCAACAGCAGCAGCAAUCACAGUACGACCCAGAGCGAGAGAAUAGUAAUACUGCGGCGUCUCCUGGACCUAUCCAACGAAGCGUUUCGGAAAAGAAUCGUACCAAGCAUCGCCAUAAACAGAAGACCACCGCGUGUCAGAGCGAAACCGAUAGCGAGCGGGAGCAGCGAGACUAUCAAAACUUCACCUCAUCCGUGUGUUCAACUGGCAGCACGGCGGCGGUUACUUCGGUGAUCGGUAGCUACGUAACGCCAACCAAGAUGACCUCGCGUAAGUUAUCGAAAUCACAGCAUUCGCACCACCAUUCGACUCCGAACGUUGCGCCUGAAAAGAAGCACUCCGGGUCGGGUCAGAGCGGCGGUAGCACCGGAAGUGGUCACGCUAGGCAUCGCAAGAAAGAAUCUUCUAGUUCUAAGCCAAACCUGUAUGGUGCGUGUUCCGAAUCGGAACUUCUUGAUGGCGACACAGCUAUUUUGCCCAUCUUUAGAAAGCUACUCAACGAGAAAGAUUCUAGAUUUAGAACUAGAAAUACGGUAGGCGCUAGCUGUCCAAAUAUAUCAAUUAAAUGUGAUAUUGUUGAGUAUCUUUAAACGUGGACUGUUUUCAUUUCCAUGUUGGAUUGGUUGUUAUCGAGUAAUUGUUUUUAUAAUACGUAGGAAGUUACCAGAAUACCGGCGAUUAGAAAUUUUGUCGUUAUGAGUUACGCAAGUGUGUUUUUGGAUGCCAUUGAUUGGGAUAAAAUUAUUAGUAUUGAAAUUAUAAAUCUCAAGCGAAUGCUCCCUAUAUCCUGAGGCUAUGAUCAAAUUAAUCAAGCGGUUUUGAGCUGCAAGCAAUUUCUACCACAAUUUCCCGCAACCGUCUCUUCAUUUUGCCGCUACAAAUCAAUGACAUUCACGGAAACACUAUGUUUGUAUCCAAAGUCUCUUAUGAUCUCAUGCAAGAGCUCUUGUAAUCAUGCACAAAUUAACAAACAAAAAAUUUUUAAGCAAUAAGAAAUAAUUUAUGUAAAACAAUUCAGAUAUAUUUGAAGCGCAAAUCUAAGUUCGUUCACAUUAGAAUAAAAACAAUAAAAACACACACACACAUAAAGCAAACAACUAAGAAGAAAAAUACAGAAUUUGAAACCGUCUUCCUACCUACAAGAACAUUUUUAGCACGUCAUCGAAACCGAACGAAAUCUCAGCACAAAAUAUCAAAUAUUCAUUAAAUUCAUACACACAACACUCAUUGCAUCUCGAACGUGUGAUACGUCGUUUCGUUUGUUGUUUACUAUUCCGAAAAAAAAUGUCACAAUCAAGCUCAAACAAUAGUUACAGUCGUGUGUACAUAGAUGUAAAGGCGUUUUAUAACAUGAAACCAAAACGAAUAUCUUUCAAUACAAAGAGGAAAUGUUUAAAGAAUUUUGAUAACUGUAAAUAGAGAGAGAAAAAGAGUAGACGAUAGCCGUUGGGCUGAGCUGAUACAUAAAUUUUAAUUGUUGAGAAUAUGCAACUACAAUCUUCUUCUACUGGUCUAGAAGAAAUAUAAAAAAAAACAAUGUUUACCUUUGGAAUAAUUAAUCUGAAUACCAGAUAAAAACCCAUCGAUCUAAACGUUACAGUAGUCGAGUGAAGUCGAAAAAAAGAUCUAGAUGAAAGUAAGUGUUGAGAACCUCAAAUGAGCCCUAAGCAAAUAGGUAAUUAUAGGUCAAACAAGCUCACUAAGCUGAGGAGUAGUCCGUAAUGCGAAACAGUACUGCGCGUGAGACGAUACGAAUAAAUGAA